AUGAUCAAUGGCUAUAGAUCCAGUUCUUUACUGGUCCUAUCAGUUAACAUCUCUAUGGCCUUUGUUGUACUGGCGUUAAUCUUGCACCUUUCCACCAUUUACGCCUUGUUUCGGCCUACAAUGCGCCGCAGAGUUCUGGCCCCAAUGAUGCUCAACAUCUGUAUUGUUUCGAUAAUUCUAACAGCCUGUGGCUAUUCCGUCUCAAUGGGCAUCGACUUCAAAGGGGAAACAAACAAUAAUACACUGGUAUUUCCGUGCAAGUGGACGGCUUUUGUGGGCAUCUGGGGCAGCUGUGCUUACUCGUCAACUUUGAGUGGGAUGAACGUGCUCUCUGAAAUCUUCAUGCUUCGAUGUAGUGGCGGCCGUGUUCAAUCCGUGUCAAGGAGAUCUAAUAUCGCCCUAUUCUUGCUACUGUGGAUAUAUCCUAUCCUUGUGGGCGCUCUAUCGUAUUUUGUUGGGGAUCUCUAUCGCAUAUCUGCAUCCGAUCUGACCUGUGAUCUAAAUUGGCUCUCUGAAGAAUACCUUUUCAAUACCUUCAGUAGUUUUGCAAUAUAUCUAUUGCCGAUGUUGCUCUGUCUAACCAUGCAAUAUAACAUUUUAAGGUAAAGUAUUUCUUACAGUUAAGCUUUUUCUACAGCAAGCACAAGUUCGAAAAUAGAACGCUGGGAAAAAAAGUGCCGAAAAAUCGGUCACAAAUUUGUUCAAUUUUAAAAAAAUAUAUAUGCAUGGAAUAUUAUCACUACCUCUAGCUAUAGAAGAUAAUGAGUGGAGCCUUUCAUUAUUGAUAUUUCUUAAGUUAUUGUUUCAAAUUCAGUUUUUUGGAUUAGUACUGUGCAUGACAAAAAAAGCCUAUUUUGUGACGUCACAAGAAUGUGCACUGUAUUUCUGCAAAGUAUCACUGUUUCAGGUUACAUACCUUUGAAGGAGAAACUUUUGGGAGUUUUGAUUUUUUAAUUAGCCACUAGAGAGUCAGGUGACUGGUAACUAUAGAAACGCCUAAUCUUAAAUAUUCCUGGGAUCAAGUAUUGACGUGCACGACAUCAACCACUUCCGGUUGACGUGCGUCUGUUAAAAACGUCCUUGCUUGAGUUCCCUAUGCGGAUGGUAAAAUCACUAAAUGACGUCAAACAAGAUUGAAAAGACACAACAAUACGCACAAUACAACACAAAGCAAACCAGCGAAGGUUUCCUCAACACCAAGGCGUGAACACCCCAAAAUUUGUCCUUAGACUUGUUGGACGGAACACACCCAGUCGAGUUUGGUGAGCAAAACGCCUGAUGCUACAAAUCGGAAAAAAUAUAUCGGUAAUUCAUUGAUAUUAAACUACACCUAUUAUUUUCGUUAAUGCAGAAUCUGGCAAAGAUCUCACAGUACAAGAAACCUUGCUAUCAGACGCAAACUUCUGUAUCGAAGAAAAAUCAACUACAUGGUUAUUGGCUUGACUGUCUAUUUCUUUGCCAGCCAUUUACCAAAUCACGUGACAAAUGUUGCUGCUAUGGUGAUGAGAUAUUACCCCCAUUCAACCAUUACUGCUUUUGCAUUGGAACUGCUAGCGGAAUCAAAUGUGCUUUGUCCUCCACUCGCUUACUUAAUUCUAAAUUCAAGGUUCAGAUCGACUGUAAAGAUCAUGCUCAGUGGUAGUGCCAGACGGAGAAUUCACAAUAGAAACGAGAGGAUCCUCCAGCCAAGAGAGAUCAGAGCCCGCAAUCAAAUGCAGGGAGGCGGAAAUAAAAGGAGAAUAGCCCCCAAUAGAGUGGAACCG